AUGUCAAGCUCAACCCCAAACCAGUACGUCAUGGCACCAGAUCGCCAUGCGGAGGUGAGCGACCAGACUCUCAGAUUCUCCAAGGAUGGCACUUUUCAGAUCUCUGUCUUUGAGGAUUUACAUUUCGCCGAAGAUGCCUCGAAGGAUGUCAAGUCCAAGGGUGUGAUGAGAUAUGUCCUCGAAAAGGAAUCGCCGGAUUUUGUAGUGAUAAACGGAGACUUGGUCUCUGGCGAAUUCACGAAAGCUUCGAAUUCUAGCGAAUACGUCCACGACGUCGUGUCUCCCUUGGUCGAGAAAGGCAAAUUAUGGGCGUCGACCUAUGGGAAUCACGACUCGAAUACGAAUCUCUCCCCCCGACAGGACGUCUUUGAUCAGGAGAAGAAAUAUCCCAACAGCCUGACUCAGAGAAAAGUCUUUGCGCCCAAGGCUGGAAUCACGAAUUAUUAUUUGCCGGUCUAUUCCCACAAGGCCCCGGAGAGCAGCACCCCGGCACUCAUUUUAUGGUUCUUCGACUCAAAGGGUGGAAGCUAUGCCACAAAUCGCGAUAAAGAUGUCAGCCCCGGGAAUAGAGGCGACUGGGUGGAUGCAUCCGUUGUCGACUGGUUCGUGGAGGCCAAAAAGAACUUGUCAGCGGAAUAUGACCAUACUAUCCCUUCGCUGGCAUUCUUCCAUAUCCCCUCCCACGCCAUGCUUAAAUAUCAACAAGACGGGUUCGACGCCUCACGAACCCCCGGAAUAAAUGGCGAAACGGUGGUUUCACAGGGUUCCAUGGACACCGACUACUCGGGACAAGACCGCCGAUUCAUGGAGGCUCUUCUGAAUACCACCGGUCUCAUGGCGACUUUCAGUGGUCACGACCACAAGAACGAUUGGUGUUUCAAAUGGGAUGGUCACACUGUUGAUCAGGACCUGAAGGGAAAUGGAAUUAAUAUGUGCUACGGUCGGCAUACUGGAUAUGGAGGUUAUGGUGACGCGACCCGUGGUGGACGUCAGGUUCUCUUGGACCAGGAGACUAUGGAUGAUGAAAUUAAGACUUGGAUUCGCUUGGAAGACGGCACCAUCUCGGCACCGGUCACGCUUAAUGCCACAUAUGGCCAAGAUAAGUAUGCGAAGAUCAACCAUAAGAGAUCCUUCGAGACUUCGAGUGCGUCUGGGGUGCAUGACCACUCGGCUUUACUUAUGAUGAUCUGUCUCUGGCUUUCGAUCGGGGUUAUGUUCUGGAGACGUUGA